CACAUAUACGUGCACAAAGCAAGCCAAGAGGAAGUGAUCGAGUUCAUUCAAAGAACCAGCCAGAGAAACUAGCUAGCUAAGCAUGUCGAUUGUCAAGCGUGGCGGCUAUGGCUAUGGAGGCUACGGCUACGGCCAGAGCAAACCCGUGAUGAACUACCACACCACAAACUCCGACUCCGUGACCACCGUCGUGACGGAGAUGAGCUGCCUGAGCGUCAACGAGAAGCCGCCGUGCACCGGCUCCAUGGUGCAGAAGCACGCCUCCCUGGAGGAGGUGUGCGAGGAGAAGGUCGGAGGGUACUCUGCCCACCACGGUGGUGGCGCCAUGCACGGCUACGGUGAGCAGAAGGCGUACCAACACGGAAGCGGCGUUGGAGGCUACGGCUCUCCCCACCACGACAGCACCGGCGCGGCGAAGCACGGCUACGGCGAGCAGAAGACGUCGUACUCGUACCAGCAUGGGGUUGACGCCGGAGGGUACGGCUCUCCCCACCACGACAGCACCGGCGCGGCGCAGAAGCACGGCUACGGCGAGCAGAAGGCGUCGCACUCGUACCAGCAUGGGGUUGACGCCGGAGGGUACGGCGGCACCGGCGCGGUGCAGAAGCACGGCUACGGCGAGCACCAGGCGUACCAGUACGGAGGCGACGUCAAAGGGUACACCGCUCUUCACCAUGAGAGCACGGUCGAGAAGCAUGGCUACGGGGGGCAGAAGGCCUACCAGCAUGGAAGCAACGUCGUCGGAGGGUAUGGCCACGACAGCGCCGCGCAAAAGCACGGCUAUGGUGGGGAGAAGGCGUACCAGCAUGGGAGCAACGUCGUUGGAGGGUAUGGCCACGACAGCGCCGUGCAAAAGCAUGGCUAUGGCGACCAGAAGCAUGGGAGCAACGCCGGAGGGUACGGGGCUGUCCCCUACGACACCACGGUCCAGAAGCACGGCUACGGCGAGAAGGCGUAUCAGCAUGGGGGCGACGCCGGAGCGUACGGUGCUCUCCACCACGACACCACCGCCCAGAAGCAUGGCUACGGAGAGCACAAGGCGUACCAGCAUGGGGGCGCCGCUGGAGGAUACGGUGCUCUCCACCAUGACAGCGCGACCCAGAAGCACGGCGCCUACGGCGGGCACGGCAUGUACCAGCACGCCGGCGACGGCUACGGCGAGCACAAGGCGUACCAGCAAGGUUGCGUCGACGGCGUCGCAGGGUACGACGGCCUCGUGCAGAAGACCCCGGCGCAGAAGCAGUACGGCUACGGUGGCGGGCACAAGACGACGUACGGCGACGUCGGAAGCUUUGACGCUCUUGUCCAGAAGAAUGCGAUGCAGAAGCAGAAGCACGGCCACGGCGCGUACCAGCCGGCGUGUGACGGCGUCGCGGGGUUCGACGCUCUCGUCAUGAACAAGGCGAUGCAGAAACAAGCCUGUGCAGCUACCGGGACCGUGCACCACAACCAGGCGCCGGCGGCAUACGGGAAGACAUACAAGCACCAGAUCCCCGGCCCGUGCGAGAGCGACGAGGACAGCGACUGCAGUGAGGACGAGAGCGACUGCGAGGAGGAGCUGGCCUAUGGCGGGAAGCACGCCGGCGGCGGCAACAAGCUAGGCACCACGCACCAAUACAGCGCAUACCAGCAACACGGCGGCGGGGGACACUACGAGUCGUACCAGAGCACCACCACUCAGGGCUACUCCGGUGGCGGCUACGGCGGGUUGGCAAAGCCCGGCUACUUCUGAGCUGCUCAGAUGCUCCUGUAGUCCUGCCCGUCUACAACGAGUCGAGCCGACGUCCGCAUACAUCUUAUCAUGGUCGUGCAUGUAUGCAAGUAAUCCUUGGAACAUGUAAGCUAAGUGUUUAAAUAAGAGGUACAACUAAACUGAUGCUCUGCAUCCACCACAAGUGUCGGUACAAUAAAUAUAUUACACAAGUUUCAUUAUUA